GACGAUCGCCGUUAAUUUUCAAUUUUUCAUGGAGUUCAACAAUGGCUACUAAACCCAGAAACCAUUUAAUUUCAUCUAUUUUUAACAUCAAAAACAAUGGCGAAAUCAAACACCGGACCACCACUACCGCCUUACCCAGCAUCGUUCACCGACAACAAAUCCGGCCGACAACCCAUCGAGGAUCCAUUCAACGGAAAAUGGUCUUUUCUAACGGUAUCUCUAUGCCCAUGUUUAGUAUGUUUCAUGUUUUUAAUGAUUAUAGUCUCAAUCAUAUUAACAAUCAAAUUCCAUUUGUUGUGCCACACUCCCAUUGGUUCUCUUCUUUACAAGAAAAAAUGUUAGUUUCAAACCCUAGGGGUAAUUUUGUAAAUCUACAUUCAAAGAUGAAAUCUUUUCAAAGAGGGUUUUGUGGGGUUUCAAGUUUUGAUAAUGAAAGUGAUGGAAAGGAAGUUGAAAGGGUGUGUAAUGUGAUCGAAGAAUUGUUUGCGUUGGAUCGGAAUAUGGAAGCAGUUUUAGAUGAUUGUGGGGUGAAUUUAAGUCAUGAUUUGGUUGUUAAUGUGUUGGAAAGGUUUAAACAUGCUAGACGACCAGCUUUUAGGUUUUUUUGUUGGGCCGGGGGAAAAGAUGGGUUUAAGCAUGAUUCAAGAACGUAUAAUGUGAUGAUGGGUAUACUUGGGAAGACUAAGCAGUUCGAGACGAUGAUAGCAUUGGUUGGUGAAAUGGGGGAGAAAGGGUUGUUGACACUUGAGACGUUUCAGAUUUGUAUUAAGGCGUUUGCUGCUGCUCAGCAAAGGAGGAAAGCGGUUGGUGUUUUUGAGCUGAUGAAGAAGUAUGAUUUUAAAGUUGGGGUUGAUAGUAUUAAUAUGUUGCUUGAUAAUCUUGGAAGGGCGAAGCUUGGGAAAGAAGCGCAGAUUUUGUUUGAGAAGUUGAAAGGUCGGUUUAGUCCUAAUAUACAAACGUAUACGGUGUUGUUGAAUGGUUGGUGUCACGUUGGGAAUUUGUUGGAGGCGGGGAAGGUGUGGAAUGAGAUGAUUGAUGCAGGAAUCAAUCCUGAUAUUGUGGCUCAUAACAUAAUGCUUGAUGGGUUGUUGAAGGUGCAUAAGAGAUCUGAUGCGGCUAAGCUGUUUGAGGUCAUGAAAGCUAAAGGUCCGACGCCUAAUGAAAGAAGCUAUACGAUUAUGAUUAGGGAUUUAUGUAAGCAAAAACGAAUGAAGGAUGCUGUCGAGUAUUAUGAGAACAUGUUGGAUUUUGGAUGCAAGCCAGAUGCUGCGGUUUACACAUGUUUGAUUACGGGGUUUGGAAACCAAAAACAGAUGGAUAAAGUUUAUGGAUUGUUGAAGGAAAUGAAAGAAAAAGGAUGCCCGCCUGAUGGGAGGAUGUAUAAUGCUCUAAUUAAAUUGAUGACAAAUCGACAAAUGCCAGAUGAUGCGGUGAGGUUAUACAAGAAGAUGAUUCAAAGUGGCAUUGAACCAACUAUUCACACCUAUAACAUGAUGAUGAAAUCGUUCUUCAGGGUCGAAAAUUAUGACAUGGGUCUUGCAGUUUGGGAAGAGAUGAGCCAAAAAGGUGUUUGUCCAGAUGAUAACUCCUAUAUCGUGUUUAUAGGUGGACUUAUCAGGCAGGGAAGAUCAUUGGAGGCCUGUAAAUAUCUUGAAGAGAUGAUAGAGAAAGGCAUGAAGCCACCUCAACUUGAUUACAAUAAGUUUGCUGCUGAUUUUUGUAGGGCCGGUAAGCCUAAUAUACUCGAAGAGUUGGCUCAAAAGAUGAGAUUGGAAGGUAAGAUCGAGGUUUCUGACAUAUUUUCCAGGUAUGCUGAGACAAUGAAGAAAACGGGUAAGCGUAAAGGCUUUGACUUUGUUAGAAACUGAGGUAAUUGGGUAACCACUAUUGUGCAUUGUUGUUUUAGUGUAUGUUUCUCUAGGAGUUAAGUAUGCUAUCCAGUUGAUUGGUACGUCAGUUAUCUGUAUGUGCGUAUCACAUUGUGGGGAAUCAACCUGCAAUUUUUACAUCAAUGAUGAGUUAAGUAUUUCAAGUUUUGACUUCAAAUUGUAAUGUUUUGCAUUUUGUAUGCUGUAUGUAUCUUUGUUUUACAGUCUGACAGUUGCGACUAUUUUUUCUUUCUUUAGCAGUUCCUGAUCAUCUAUGAAUAUUUAUGAAGCCGGUUUGUACUAAACCAAUAGUUACACUUGAUUACUAAAAAGUUCCCUUGAAUAUUUAAUUUAAUCAAAGCAUGUUAACACGAGAGUUAUGCCAAUCAGUCAAUUUCCUUGUAGGCAGCUGAAAUAUCAUCUUAUGUUACUUCUUUUUUUGUUAUCAUAUAAUUUCUAAUCAUAGAUAUAUUUGCAUGACAUUAACUACAGUUUCUUUGCUGGAUAUUUUAUACAUGAAAACAUUUUCUUACUUCAUGAAAACAUUGUUGGGUAUUGCCCUGGCAACUUGAUUAACAACCAAUGAAUCAAUCCCAGAUCUGAGCCACUCUUAAUUUUAUGCCAGUGUAUCUUUUUCUUUAUUUAUCGUACUUCUUUUGUUGUCUUCCGUGUUCUGCAGCUUACUUCUGAAUUGGGUGACUGAUUGCAAGGAACGUUUUUUAUCCAACUACAUUCUUGAUUUCAGAUUCUUAGGAAGAUUGAUUGCUGCACCAAAUCCAGAUGAUAGAGCUUUGAGAGUAACUAUUUAAGUCAUAUAAACAUGUAUUAGUAUAUUACAACACAUUAUUUCCAACUAGGUGGCGACAGGUGCACUGCCAUCAAUGCAACUAAUGUGAAUGGAUUGUCACACACCACCAACACUUAUUUUGAAAGUUAAUUCGAGACGUCGAGUGAUUAUCUAGGUAAAAUGAUGGUAUGUGUAAUUGAGGGAACUUGUGAGGCUGCUUUAAGAACUUUCAUGUCACUUGGCAUGUUUAGAUCAGAAUAUGACUUUUGUUUGUAUACUGAGAGUGGUUGCUCCUUGGUGGUCAUACAGAGAUUGUACACAUCUGCCGUGACUCGCUACCAUGAACUUUUCGUAGCUAUGUAAAGUUUGGUGGCAACCAUUGUACAUAUGACGUUGCACCGAUGCUCUUAGGCCAUGGGAGAUGGAUGAGAUCAAAGCUGGUACACGUGUUCUCUCUAUGAGGUGAGAUUUGCAACCAUUCUGUUCAUGUUUAUUUCACAUUGUAGUUCACCUUUUCGAGAUGUAUAGAUUAUUAGAUGACCAUGACUUGAAAUUAUUUGACGUCGACUUGAUCUGAGUCGAGCCGAGCUCGAGCUACUCGUGUAGUUAAUGAUGAAUGAAUUUCUAUAUUUUUGUAA